AUGGGGUCCUCUGAUGAGGAGAGUGUUGUCAGCAAGUCAAGUAGCUCCAGUAGCAACGAAAGCUACGCCUCCGGUAAGAAAUCCCACUUGAACCACAACCUCACUAACACUGCAUGUGCUGACCCAAGAAAAUCAGCCAAAUCACAGUUUGCUAGUUCGGUGCGCUCCGACGACUCGAUCAACGGCGAUGGCAAGUACAUUUAUCUCCAUCAUCAUAAUGGUCAUCUUGCUGACGCCGACUUUUCUGCAGAUCAACCCUUUCAUCCCGCACUUACCUCGUUUGCUCCAACACCUCCUACCGUACCCGAAACUGAUACUAAUAUGAAUAAUUACGAAGAAGAGGAAACUCCUCCAUUUUUGCGCCAGAUGCUCCAACGAACCGCCAGCGACGGUUUCGGUCCUUCGGCCGAAGUUCCAAUGUCUCAAGACAAUACAGACAAUAGCGAAGACCUAAACUUCUACCUCGCACCCUCAGUGACCUCGUAUCAAUCUCAUCAGUCGAGCCAGACUAAGCACGCUAUGUCCACCAGCGUCCCGCUCACCUACGAGGAAGCAUGUCGCCAAUUAAAUGCUUACUGUGAGGAGAACAUUCGAGCUGGAUGUGAACUUUCGGAGCGCGAAAUUGACGUGAUCGCAUACGAUGAAAUAGGCGGCGAAACAAGUCACCACACGAUCUUAUUGACUCUCGAUCUAGACUUGAAGGAUUUAAUCAACAAAUUGCAGGGCCUUAUCGACAGACGCGAGCGUGACCCUAACUCUAUCCAUAGAGGCAAGGGCAAGUAUUUGAUUCGGCGUAUCGACGUUCGUUGUGGUCAACGUGAUAUGGACAGUUUUCUACCAGCUAUUGAAGGCGUUGUAACCGAUGCGACCUCUCACGCUUCGCUCAAUGUCCCAAAUCCAUCCGCACAAUGGGUGACCUGGAAUUGUAUCAGUGGUGGUCCAAUGAACAACUAUUGGGGACUAUAUUGUACUGCUAUCCAACUUGGCGUGGCAGGAAAUGUUCCUGUUUUGAGGCUUCAUACUGUAAAAUGCAGAGACACGUACAACAUUAACGACAUUGGUCAUAUCUUCGAGGCUGACGGCUCCAGACACCCAAGAGUCAGACGUUUGUCAGGCGGUAAGCCACCAGGCGGCGGCAUUUUCGGAAAGACGACAUCUACAAGUGGGGUAUCAAGUGGCUUGAACCCUAUCGCAUCUGCCUUCAAGUUUGGUACAACUUUCGAUGAAGCUGUCGACGCUUCGAAUCCUCGACUACCCACAACAAGCUACGAGGGCGAGGGCGAGGGCGAGGGCAAGGGCAAGGGCAAGGGCAAGGCAGUCGAUAUCCAAAGUUCCAAUACUGACAGUCCUUUGCAUAGAGGCGAAUACAAAGGUGCGGGUGAGAAGGCCACUGUUGAUAACAAUGCAACUGAGUGGAAGAAAGCUCCUAUUCCUGACUGGGAUAGCUUGCCUCCCGCUAUUAAUCAUAAUCCCGGUGGAUAUCAAGCAAAGCCAACUUCUUGGACAUACUGGCAACGAAUUGGCGGUGAUUCAGAAACACACAAGCAGUUCCCUCUAGGCCAUAUCCCCUACCCCGUGUCAUCAGAUAUUGACCACUGCGAUUUUCUUCCAGGUGAGCCAAUUGACAUGAAAUCUUCAAUUGCUUCUGCGAAGAAAGCAAUUGCGAAAAAUGAGAAGCCAGUUAUGCCAAAAUUGAGCGCUCAAGAACAGGCAGUUCUCGAUGAGAUCGCAAACCAGACAAGAAAGGAGUUUAACAACGCCAGAGGUUUUGAUCAGGAAGAUGAUGACGUUUUUAUUCCAACUGCCAAUUCAAACUGGAAUCCUAAUGGCCCGAAGAACCAGCUUACAAAGGACAGAGAAGCUGCAUCGGGUUUGACCAGCAUGACCAACAUUCCCGCAAGAUAUCAAACUCAAUCAGCCAUUCCUGAGACUAGGCAAGGACCACCAUCUUAUGUUGCCGCAUAUUACAAUCGCCCAAUACAGCAGAAUGCAAUGGCUGGUAAUAUGGCUGGUACGUCUUCAAGUACAAUGUCUAGUACGGAUUUUUCUGUUAGAUUUGCAUCACCACGUGCCACCCAGAGCAAAUCUACAUUCCCAUCCGGUGGUCGGGCAAGACCUUUCACACCCAGUCAGAUGACAUCGUUCCAAGCCUUGAAUGCUGGAAGUAAACCUAGCACACCUACCCUUCGAUAUGGUGGCAGUACUGGCUCGUUUGCAAUGCCAAGCACAAGUAUUGGUUUCAAUGCCCCUCCUAACACCAUCUCUCGCAGUCGGCCAUCCUCGCCUGCAAAUUUGAGUCAGAUCACAGACCAGCUGUUCAAUUUGAAUAUGACUAACCCUCAAGGACAAUCGCGCGGUCAUAACAAUCAAUUGUUUGUUCCAAACUCUCGACCACAUGUCACAGAAUUCGGAGCAAAUCAAAAUACCUCGACUGGCCAGUUUUUUGGCAAUCUUUCACAGAAUUCCGAAUGGAACUUCACCCAGGAAGAGACAAAGUAUCCUUUUGGAUACAAUUUUGAGUUUGGUGGCAGUGGAGGCAAUUGA